AUGGCAUCUUGGUUGAAGAGGUUUAUUUUGUGUCCUGUGGGGUCAGUGUGUGCUUACAGCUUCCUCAGGGAGCAAUGAGGGGGCUUGGGAAGGACUUACCCCAACCCCACGCCUGGCAGAGGCACCAGUGGAUGGCAUCAGGCAGGGAUCCUCAGAGAACUCAGAGAAGGGCCUGGUGGCCCUAUAGGAUGGGCCUCCCUGUUCCCACCCUCAGCCCAGGAAACAACACAGGCGAUUUUCCAGUUUCCCAGCCGGAGGCCUAGAGCCAGGACUCCAGAGCAAGCUGCAGAGAAAACAGGCUCUGCCCAGGACCCUGGAGGAGGCUGGAAGAAACUCCCUUCCAUGCAGAUUUACUGAGCAACUGCUUUGUGCCCUGCGGUUUUCAUCUCUGUAUUCCAUUCUCUUUAGAUUUAUCGUUAAGUUCUCUUUGGAAACAGGAGGGUUUGGGAGACUAAGGAAAAGUGGGCUCCCCUCUGGCAUACCGGGGGCCCUAGUGAGCCCCAAGCUCUGGUUCUCAGGGAGCUUCUUUCUGGAGCAGUGCAGGGACCAGGGGAUGAGUGGUCCUCCUUCCAGACCACCCCCCUGCCCCCAACACACACCUGGUUGCUUUGGGAACCGUGGGUCUGCACAGCCAACACAGUUGGGAAGCUGUCUGGCCACCACCGCUCCAUCUUUGGGUGGCCCCUCUGCACACCUGGGGCUGACCUGGUCAUGUCUUUGCCAGAGCUAAGCACAGAAGCGGGACAGAGUGCGACAGAUAACUCGCAGGUGUGGCCUCCUACCCCUGCCCACGCUGAUCGCCGAGCCGCGCGCCCGGUGUGGUCCCCGCCCCGAGCGGGCGCACGCUGUUUCACCCCCGUCCACCGGAGGGCGCAGUCCUACUUCUGUUCGCCGCCGACGGCGCAUGCGUUCGCCCUUGUACGCUUUUACGCCUCCGCAGCUUUCCGGGCCCUUGCAGCGUCCUCCUCAGAUUGUGCUUCCGGCGUGAAGGUUACGGACAAGAUGGUGCCGCCGGUGCAGGUCUCCCCGCUCAUCAAGCUCGGCCGCUACUCCGCCCUGUUCCUCGGCGUGGCGUACGGAGCCAAGCGCUACAGUUACUUGAAACCUCGGGCAGAAGAGGAGCGGAGGGUAGCCGCUGAGGAGAAGCAGCAGCAGGAUGAACGGAAACGGAUUGAGAGAGAACUGGCAGAAGCCCAAGACGACAGCAUACUAAAGUGAGCCUGCCUUUCUCUGGAGUGGUGUGGACGAAUAAAGCUUUCUGUGUUUGAUGCUCU